UCCCUUUUCUUUCCGUAUCAUAUAGUAUUUCGAUAAAAAUAAAAACAGAAAAAGGAAAGGUCACACUUAGCAUGAACUAUGAACGCUACCUCACUCUCCCGUCUUUCAUUAUCGCCGGCAGGUAACUUGUGAACAGACAAGACAAAACGAGGCUCAAAAUAAAGAAAAACAGAGGAAAGGGAGCGGCGACAAUCAAAAGCAAGAGACCGCUGAACAAAUCAGCCAACGCCACACGUGGCCUCAGCAGUCGAACCGCCAUCUGUAUUCUUCGCAUGCUCUGCCGGUUUGAGAUGUCGCAUACUCAUAGGAGGGCAACUGGUGUGCAGACUGAACCAGCAUUUAGGGCUGCACGUUUCAAUUCCACUUUUAGUUUGAGGGGGAAAAGGGAAAGGGCAUAGAUGGUGAUGUGCAACUCAUCCCUCCCUUUCAGAUUUGCACUUUUCCUCUCAUUUUCUCUUACAGCAUCGUCUUCUUCGCCUCUAUUCUUUUCCAAGCGUUCUUCUUCAUCUCCACUGCCCACCCCCAGAGCCACUGCCUCGGACUUGCUCUCUGUGUUGGGUUCCAAGUCCCAAUCCUCGAGCGUCAAUCCUGUCGUGGCGCAAGAGCUCAGGUCCUGCUUCAAGUUCCUUGUUCCUUUUUCUCCAAAAGACGUCAGAUUGGAGCAUAGCCAGCGUUCUCCUCGACGGUUAUUGGCUUUGACAAAAUCCACUGUCCGGAGUCGGAGAGAAGAAAACGAGCUAAUUUGGUGGCCUCCGGAGCCGGUCUUAGAGCUCGCACGUCUCGCCGUCGAUUCUGGUGGUGACCCGGCGACUAUUCAACGCCUUCUCGAUCCAACCAUAAUUCCUGUUCCUGAUAUUGAAGGAUCAAAAGAAAGUCGAUGUGAGCUCACUAGAACACCAUAUGGCAGACGCUUUAUUAGUGAGGAAUUGAACUGGUACCUAAAGUUUCUGUUUGAUGUCAUUGUUGAUCGGGGUCCAUCUAUCGGAUUGAAUGUGACGCUGAACCGUUUCGAUCUAUUCCAUGGUCACCUAUUUCUAGCUGUGAAUUCUGGAAGGCUCGGUAUCUUAUUCCACGCUAAGGAAUACCCAGAAUAUGAUGAAGUUUUCCCAUACAAUAUGGGAUUUUGUCAGCAAGGGUCCAAAGUGAAAUAUGAUGAUUCAAUGAACCUGCGAAAUAUUCUUUGGCUGGCUCCAUUGCCUGACAAUUCCAGCAAACCUUGGGUGGCACCAGGUGUUCUUGUGGUGCUGGAUGCAAGGCCUGGUGGAAUCAUAUACAGAGAUCUAAUACCUGAUUAUGUAAAUUUUGCACGGACCAUAUAUGAAGAUGAUCUUGGGGAUGUUGCUGCCGAUGUGAACUGCUUGAACGUGGGAUCUGAACUUCCGAAUUAUCAAAUUUUCAUGUGCUGAUACUCUUUCGAGGGGAAGAGUAUUUUUGGUUUUUUUUUUUUUGGGGGGGGGUGUCCUUACCUUGUUAUACUGGUUACCUAUGAAAUAAUAAAUUAGUGCUUCUAUUUGAGGCAAAUCAACAUUUCCGAUUGAGAAUUUUGUGCUGUUCUGAGAAUUUUCCUGUUUGCGGUUAUAGGAAAUCCAUAGGGUGAUUGAAUAAUGGAAUCC